GACUUACCAGAGAGUAACAAAUACCAAAGAUUUCUUCACUGACAGAUUCCUGUUUCUCGUCUUUAUGAUGUAUGAUCAGAGACAAGCUUUAACCGCGCCGUAAUGCUAUUAAAUUCAUUAAACCCGUAAAACUUGCUCAUUCACAUAUCCAAUCAUGCGUGAAGCUAGUGUUGUGAAUCACUGAUCUUUGCGGCAUUUUGACUUUAAACUGAAAACGGCGGUCGGAAGUCCUUUGUGCGGAAACUACUAAGAGCGGAAAGAGUCACUCGAGUAGGCGAGUAGAGUAGAUUUCUCAAUCAUUUGGUAAGAGCAAUUUUACGUGUACAGUACUUACCAUCAGCUUGAUCGACAGAUUUCACACGAGUUCUGAAGAUCUUUACUCUCCAAGAUCUACCUUUUUACCAAUGAUUCGCGCGAAUAUUAUUGUUAUUUUCUUUUUGGUGAUCUUUUGUGAUGAAUGUGUUGUUGUCUAACUGGAUUGUGUCUCGCCGCUCUUUGAUUGGCCGACAUUACCCAUGUGACCCAACAGUGAUUGAUGUGCCAGCCAUGCAAUAGGACUUCUUGUUCAUGUUGGUGUGGUGAAGAGUGUCUUGAUCAAAAUGGACGAAACAAAAGUUAUAUACCACAUCGACGACGAAGAUACGCCGUACCUUGUAAAGCUACCUAAAAGUCCUUCAGAGGUUACUCUAUCGGACUUUAAAAAUGUCCUCAAUCGACCGAGUUACAAGUUCUUUUUCAAAAGUAUGGAUGACGAUUUCGGGUGAGUUGAUGUGUACCUACUGUACGCUGUAUGUAGAUUGCUUUCAUAGCAGUGUUUACGUUGUCUCUUGCUCUAAAGUCAUUUCCCUAGCGGAACACCUUUGAUUUUCAAAAGAGUUCAUAUUUGUAUAGCAUAUUCUGAAAUGCGUUUGUUUUGAAAAAAACACUGGAAUCCUUUCGAAUGCUACGAGCUCCAGAAUAUUGCUGUCAAAUAUUCCCGGCUUCUCAUACUUGCUAGUGUUCAAGGUGUAAGCUUACAGUAGCGCUGCGAUUAGAGACUCGAUGUGUUUAUCGCCUGUACAUGCCUACCGCUUGUUCAAACAAUUUUCCAUUAUUUCUAACUACUCGAGGCGAAGUCUUUUUGUCGCUUCUCCGCGCAGAUUUUAUGCAUUCCAGCCAAACUCUUGAUAGCGCUUUGCCUGUAACCGAUAUCUUUAGUUGAUAAUUUCUAAUUCCUAUUGCAGUGUGGUCAAAGAAGAGAUAAGCGAUGAAGAGAUGAAUUUGCCUUGCUUUAAUGGACGGGUAGUUGCUUGGGUAAGCCGUCUGUCAUUGAAUUUUUUUAAAAAAACAUAACCUGCCGAUGGAUUACCGAUCGAAGCCAGCCAAAAGAGCUAGUGUGUUGAUGUAUUUUCGUAGCAGGGAACACAAUUUAUCUUAGAUUGUAACUUGAUCAUGAUCGUGCAUAGCAGGCAAUUGCCUUUUUUAACUCUUAUUUUAGCCGGGGAACCUUUUUUCCUUUUUUUCCCGUGCAUUUUCCCUCCUCGACAGCAUGAUUUGAGGACGCAUAUCCGUCUGGCGCCUGACGCUGUGUUUAUACACUUCUUAGUAUGAUCUUGUUUUACGGUUAUUAUUUGGAACGCUAUCGAACGACAUAAAGUGAGUCUUCAAUAUAAACACAUUUCGACUUGGAUUUGUCACCCUAUCUUUGAAGUUUUUGUGGAAAUCGUCGCACUACAACAUCCAAACCUCAAAUGUCGCUCGUCGUAUUUUAUCUUCAGAAAGAUAUUGGCUUGUCGAUUGUCCCUCAGUAAUCAGGUUUUCUUGAUUGUACAAAACCUCAUUUUUAAUUUAUAUCACACUGAGUUCCUACUGAGUCAAUUGUUUGGAACCAAGAUUUAAUCUUGAUUAUACGGAAGAACUAGUAACUGUUCCUUAGAUGUAAACAGUUUGCUCUUUUGCCAUAUAGCUAUGCGAACGAUUUUUUGUUCGAUCGCGUUACAACCUUCACUUAGUCCCACGCGUAUAGCAGCCGCUAAUUUACAUUCCUAUGUUUAGCAAAAAAAGCAUAGUAAUUUACUCAAGUUAAGUCUUAAACCAGUGCUCGAGAAGCUCUGCGUUAUUUAAAGCGAAGUGCUGUUACAAGAUUUGCAAUUAGAAAACCAUCUAUCAACUUAGAGGGGUUUUUUUUACUUCGUUACUCAUCAAAUCUUCGCACUGUCCAAGAUUUUUCUUCUCCCAGUUCUCGUGAAUUCUCGCUCUUUUUUUCCUUGGAAGCACUCUCUUUUCAUAUAAAUCCAUUAUAGUUAAACUUCUGUGGUUUUAAUCGUAUGAACCAUUUCGAGAUCAAUUUUAUAUAUUACUAUGCUACAAGAUGAAAAGCCAAGCAAUGGAAUAAGCGCGCCAAAUAGGAUGCCCUUUCUCGUUUGUUCUUAAUUUGUAUCGCCUAAAUGGGUUUUUUUGUGUUUUCGUUCGGAAUCGCGGCUGACUGGCCACCCAGCGAUUGACUGAUAACAGCAUAAGUGAUGUGAUGGCAAGUAAAACACAUUUAAGACAGAUGUUUUGGUAAGACAACUCAUUACCAAUAUUGAAGACUCACAAUUCACGCUCACAUCACAUGGAAUGCCAGGAUUAAGCAUGGAUUAGUCAGUUCACAGCAGUGAUUGGUAUUUUAGUACUUUAGACACCUUAUAAAUACUCAAGGUUUGGUUUCUUUUCUGUUCCAUAUGACACGGUUCUUUUUUGUGGCAUAUUAAGUUGAAAUUUUAUCCAGCUGGUUUUGUUCGGUUAACUGUCAGUUUCGCUUUGUCAUAAAGUCCAGGUAUUUCAUUCAUAGAUGGACGUGCUAAUGGUCUUGUUGGCAUACCUCAUUAGCAUCCUUUUGAGAGAUUAAAACAAUUAAGCUUUAUUUUGGACAAAUGAUGGUAGCCUGUAGGAUUAAAAAAAUAUUUGUUCGUCAACUGGUUAGGUGUGCCAUUAAAAUAUCUAUUUUAGCUUACAUUUUGAGUCUAAGGUAUCAAAAAAAUUUAUUUCUAACAUUCAUUCCUGGUUGAUUGCAAAAAUAUAAUUGAUUGUUCUUAGGAGGCUUCAUCAUAAGUUCAUUAAAUCUCUGGAUAAUAAUAUCGCAAGAAGGAAAGUGAAAAAUGUUCAGUUAUGCUUUUUUCCUAUUUUUAAAUAUUUAGGCUUUGCUCCACAAUCCUCAUGGUUUUAGCUCUUUGUUAAGGAGCUUUACUCUUUGCUUUGUUAAUAAAUCCAAUUUGUGUGGUGGCUUUUUAAUCAUGGAAAGGCAAACCACUGAAUGAUCAACUAUAAUAUUUUAAACAAGCACAAAAUAUCUUACUGCCUAUGUAUUGUUCAUCAAGUGAUUUAAUUGCUUUCUUGUGACAAUAAUAAAAGCUCUUAAACUGACAAGGCCAGCCUUAAAUGAUAUUGUUAAUUGCUGAAGUCUGCCUGAGAGGAAUUGUUCUAAUAUUUUCCUUCUGAUUUGUCAUAAAGGAAAUCACACAGUAGGCAUUUUCUUGUUUUGAAUUGUAUGCAAAGUUUGUUUACAGGUUGAAGAAACCUAAAUUUUGUAUUCACUCCCUGGAGGCAUGUCAUUAAUAGGAUAAAAUCUGUCUCUAGUUGCAAAGAAUGUGCUGUAUGUAAGGAUUACAUUUGUAUCCUGGACCAAAAGAAAUCACUGAUUACAAAUCUAAUUAGUUUAUCAGCUGUCAGAUUUGGGCUCUUUGGGUGUAGAUUUCUCCAUAGAAAUGCAAUUUCCUGAAACUUUUAUGGCAAUGUAAUUAAUUAUUGAAGAAGUUUGAAAAAUGGUUGAAUUAAGAGGUUAAUCACAUACAAGAAUCAAGAAUCUCUCAAAAUCUGUUCUCAAAUUGGUGGGUAAUAGGAUUGGUGAUAUUAAGAGAAAAUUAAAAUUUUUGUAGUUGAUGAAGAGAAGGCAGCCAUGGUGUAAAAGUGUCAUUUCUUUCAUACAAUUUUCAUUCAUUGUGCAAGCAUAGAUCUUUGUCAGCUCUUCUCAAAAUAGUAGUCUUACUCAAACAUACAUUGUUACUCAUUCUUUACUUUUUUGAUAUGAUUCAGUUCCACUUAUUAACCUCUGGACCCCCUACGUGCCUAGCAUCUAAUUUUUCCUUCCAAAAUCACCCCUGAAUCAUGCACUAAGGUCACAAGAAUAAAGAAAAUGACCUCAACUAAAGAAGAUCUUGAUUGUUAAACAAUUCUCCUAGUCAGUGCAGUAGGAAAGGUUUAGAGAACAUGAUGAAGAAUUUGUAAACUGAUUUUGAGUGUAAAAGGUUAAAAUCUUAACCCUUUAACUCCCAGAAGUGAUUAACAUAAAACUUCUCCUUACAACAUCCAUACACUCUUCAGCAAACAGGUAAUGAGAAUAUUCAAACUUAUCAGGUAGAAGCUGCUGUCUUGAUCUAGCACCAAGUUCUCUUAACUAAUUUAAAAGGAAAUGUGUAGCAACUACAAAGGAGAAUUAACAAUCAGAUCUUGGGAGUUAAUGGGUUGAGUUAGUUCCUUCUUCUAAAAUGUUGUGCUAAAGAAAGGGGCACAAAAUAAUUAGCACUCCCCUUGAAAUGCAUGAAAUUGUGACAAAUACUCAGUGAUAUACAAAAGAGAUGAUAUGGACUGGACCAUGAAAGAAAACCCCAAAAAAAAAACAUGGAAAGGUUCAUUUUCUGGGUACAAGUCAGCAGAAAAUGACUAAAGAUCAAGUAUUGUUGUGAAUUUAACUUAGUAUAGAACAUGAGUAACAAUUUCUGACAUCAAAACUUAACUAAGAAUGCGUAAAUGCAAGUCUGAUCAGUAAUCAUAAAUUUUUGUUGCAGCUUGUCACAUCAGACACAAGUAGUGUGUCAGACACAGGCAGAGAUGAUCAGCAGUCAGUUAUAUCAGCAUCAUCUGAUAUGCACCCUCCAAUGCCCAGAACAGUUGGUAUUGGAGACUCCAGACCACCUUCUUUCCAGUAAGUUAAACUUAUACUCAUCUGUUCUCACCUAAUGUCUGAAUAUUAAUCCAAGACUUGUCAUACCCCCUACUGAUGCAGCACCACAGUUUCUAAAGGAACUCACCACUUUAUUGGUUUGUUAGUUGUUGCUCAGUUAGGAAGCAUCAGUGUUUGAAUUGUAAUGUGGACACAAAUUAUCUGUUUUCCCUCUCUUGUGGCAAUUUUCCUCACAUCUUUUAUUAUUUUUCUGUUAUUUAUGUUUAGUCCCCAUGGAGGGCACUCAACAGCAGGCGAUUUUGACUCAGAGGUAGAUUCCACAGUUAGUUCCAGAAGAGGGUCAAGAAGGAGGGACAAACAUAUCAACAGAAAUGAAGGUAACCAGAAUUUUUUUAUUUCCACACUGCUGUUUGUGUUUUGUGCCCACUUAUGACCUUUUCUGUUGCGCACCAGCUGUUGUGAUCACUGUCAUUACUUAAUGUGACUCUAUAAACUUUCCAUCACAAAGACUUCAAUUGAUAGACUAUGCUAUCUGCUGUCUAUUCUAUCUUAAUGGGUUCCAGGUUGCCAUGCAUCUGUUUAAUAAUACAUUGCAGAUGAUGUCGAACUGUGUUAAGAACAAAAAAAAAGUGGCAGCCAAGUGUGUCACUCAUGUUCUUACUCCAUUUUGACAUCAUUUGCAAUCUAUUACUGUACACACUGGUGGUAAAUUGGAAUUUACUUGAUUCACUUGAUUGAAAAGCAAAAUGUUGUUAAAAGUGAGGUCAUCUAUCUGUCUGUCCUCUGAUAAAUCAUAAGUAGGAACCAAUCAAAAUUCCUGUGUAAUUUGGCUUAAUUACUUAACUCUAGAUUGACAAUGAGUUGAGUGAAUACCAUAACAGUAUGUGGCUGUAAACAAAAUGGAACAAAAACAUGAGCUGGUCUUGUUCCUAAGUGUUUUACAACCAGAAAAAUCAUGCUCAAAGUUAAUAUUAUUUAACCUGCUCUAUGCGAAAAAGUUGAUUUGGUCUUUGGCCUCAUCAACCAUCAAGUGCAUCAAAUCUUGAGAUCAUCUGAUCUUUUAAUGUGGGAAAUGUGUUUGUGUUUCAGUGGUGCAUGGAAGACAUAGACAAGGAGGAAGACAUGAAGGUGAUCGGUAUGAGAGUGCUUCCAUGAUGAGUAGUGAUAUUGAAUCAACAAGCUAUAUGGAUUCUUCAGAUGAUCAAAGCAGGUGAGUGCAAAAUAUGAUAAGUUGUUUCUCUGUCUGGUCUUAAGCAUAGGACUAAGUAGAUAUGCUGAAUUUCCACAAGGAAUCUAACCUCAGAUUUAAAGAUUCUGUGCUAUGAUGCUCUCCUAUUGAGCCACAGAGACUACAUAUGUUGAGCAAGGCCUUUACAAGGUUGAUAUGGAACAUGCAUUGUGCAUACUGCAAGGAUCCUUAAAACUUUAACUCCCAAGAUCUGAUUGUUAAUUCUCAUCUCUAGCUGCUACUGAUUUCCAUGUAAAUUAGUAACAAGAAUUUGGUGUUAGGUCAAGACAACAACUUCUACUCAAUAGGUUUGAGUAAUUUCAAUAUCUGUUUGGAGGAUAGUGUAUGGAUAUCAUAGGGUGAGGUUAUGUGGGUUAAUGUUGAAAAGUGUCAUGUGGAUGAAUAUUAUAUGAAGGAAUUGACUCAUGAAAAUGUGUUUGCAGUGUUUCAAGGUUCUCCAGUACAACUGAAGGUUCUCAACUUCUUAGAGGAAGACAUAGAAGGCGGAGAAGACGACCAAGGAUGCCAAGAGUGCAAAGGGUGAGUAUCUUAGCCUUUGUCUUCAUUUUUUCCCUAGUGUAAAGCAACCUCUCAGUGGUGAGAAUGACUUAUUUAUGUUAACCUUAAAGAUAACAACAAAGGAAAGUUCUCCAUUAAGUUACUAAGGAGUUAACCAACUCCUUGGAUCCACUCAUGAUGAAUUUCCUGUUAGUAUUUGCUUGUGUAACAAUUUUUGGAAUUCAAUAAGCACUUGACAGACUGUGUAGUGUUCAAGAACAGUGUAAUAUUGCUGAAACAUGAAGAAUUAUAUUACAUAUUUUUCAUCUGAUACUAUGCGACAAACCCUAAUAACCACUGAAAAUAUUUGAAUUGCGAUGACUCUGUCAAAUUAUGCAAACAUACCCUCGUGUUUUUUUUAAAUAUUUUGAAUUUUUUGCCUAAACUGUACUUGUUGUCUUUACAGUGUUCAUCAUUUAGUACCAUAACAGAGUCAACCAUGUCACUCAACAUUAUAACAGUCACACUUAAUAUGGGUAAGACUUCCCACAGGGACAGUUUGCUUUUUUAUUGUUAACAUUUUGUUUCUUUUAUUUUGCUGUACAGAAGAGAAAAGGGAAAAAAUCAUAAGACGCCAUUAUAUUUUUCUUUUUCAGAAAAAGUAAAUUUUCUAGGAAUAAGUAUAGUAGGUCAGAGCAACAAAAGAGGAGAUGGAGGAAUUUAUGUUGGUUCUAUCAUGAAAGGGUGAGUUUCACUUGGACAAAACUACAUUAUGUUAACUACCUCAAACUAUUUCUUUCAGUUGGAGAAAAGAGCAAAUCUUGUCCUUAAAGCAAUUUUGCAAGAAUCAUCUUAAGAAUGUGUUCCCUAUUUUGUAAUUUGAAAUAGUACUUUAAGAAAAUUGAUAAAAAUUUGUCAUUGCAGAGGAAAGUAAUUUCACCCUAUCUGUUUUUCUCUUUGACAGUGGUGCUGUGGAUUUGGAUGGAAGGAUAGAACCUGGAGAUAUGUUGUUGCAAGUAUGUGAAAUAUAUCUUAGGAUCUAAAUCAUAGUGCUCCAGAUCUUUUGGUCCUUCUCUUCCACUAAAGCUUCCAUCAAACUUUAUCACUUUGCAAAACUUUCUGGGCUUAUUCUGGUCUUUAUUGUUAAUAGGUUAAUGAUGUAAAUUUUGAAAAUAUGAGCAAUGAUGAUGCAGUGCGGGUUUUGAGAGAAAUGGUCCAUAAACCUGGGUAAGAAUGUCUCUUUUACUUUUUAGUAGUAAUUAGUCAAUGCAGUUAAAAUUUUUUAUGAAGGGUUGAAAUAACUUGCCAUUUGAAGUAUUUACUUGGUUAUAAUCAGGUUUGCAUUGUGUCAAUGUGAAAGCUACAAGUCGUAAUGUUCAUCUGUUCCAGAUGCUUCUUUUUAAUGUCAUAAACAUUGACAUUGUACAUAUUUAUGGCUUAGAAAUCCCUUGAAAUUCACUGUCUUGUAAAGGCCUCCCAACCAAUAGAUUAUGCAGUGAAAUUUCAAACAGAGUAAAUGGCUUAGAUAGCCAAGAAAUCAUAGAGUUUGAAGUCACUUCCCUUGCUUUUAUCUAUAAAUAGCUCUGAGUUAUUGCAUUCUAUGUUGGUGGUAUCAGACAUGUAGAUAUAAAACUAAUUAUAAACGUAUUAAGACUAUAUAUUACCAUGAUUAAAUUAUUCAUAGUAUGUGUGUAAUUGUGUGAUUAUCAAUUUCAGUCCCAUUACUUUAACUGUUGCCAAAUGCUGGGAUCCUACACCAAAAGGAUACUUCACAUUACCUCCUAGUAAGUAUAAUUAUCAUAGUUUUUCCUUAGAAAAUGGCAAACAUUCAUCAUCCCCUCAAAUAAGGUCAUCAUUAGUGCUUGAUCAGAUUUGGUUUUUUCAUUAAACAUUAAUCAGUGUUUAAAACAGUGAUACUUCAUAGCACUAAUUUGUGUACAAGGCAGUACAAGUUUCAUUUGUUUUUGGUAGUUUCAGAAACGGAACUUCAUCAAUACUGCAAAGUUCUCUGCAAUCAAUUUGAUUUUUCUUAAGGUCCACAAGAUUGGUACUGUGCUAAAGAUAUUUAAAGGUUAAGACUCUCUGGUUUGAAAGAAUUUUAAGAAUGGGCCAUGGAAUUUUAAAGAGGUUGCCAUAAAUAUGUAACCAAAUACUUUCUUUUUCAUAAAUCACUUAAUGCCUAAAGGCUCUUGUUGCCUAAAUCCAGGGUGUCCAGUUAUUUAAAGCAUUCAUAACAGCAAAGUCAUUUGAGUUGCACGAAGGCAAAUGUUAGGUGCAUGCGGCAUCUGGGCCCUAUAAGAGGAUGGUCCCAGACAACUUUUCAUUUUAGGUUCUCAUGAAAGAAAACACAUUAGUUUUGUGUUCGUGGUUGUAAUUGUAAUUUAAAAAUUUCAUGUCCAGGUGAACCUGUGCGUCCAAUUGAUACCUCAGCAUGGGUACAACACACCACAGCAAUGACUCGUAAGUAUACAUCAGCCUUUUUUAAAAGGUCAUCUAUUUAACUUGUAGUAUUGCAUAUUGUUAUGAUUUCAAGAUGUACUGUUGUUAAAAACAUUUUCAAUUACUUAUUCUAGAGUUUGGACCAACUGCACAAUAUGGAAAACAACCAAACAGUCAGUCACUCACAACAAUGACAUCAACCAGCUCAUCAAUGACAAGUUCUCUACCGGAAUCAGACAGUGAGUUGCUAUGUGGGACACUUAAUCCCAAUUUCUUAUUUCCUCGGAUAAUAACUGAGAAAAAUUUUCCCAUUGAGUGUGAAACAAUAUAUGAAACAGAUGUAGUUAGUGAGUAACUAGGUGUAUGAGAGAGUGAUUAUCGACCUAGUCUGUUUAAAUUUAGUCCAUUCAGUGUCAUUGGAGUGCAGUUGACUUUAUUUAGCUCUUCUUUUCACAUCCUGUUAUAGGAUAUACUGAACUUCAAGAAGGUGAAGGACUCUCAGUAACCUCAGACAUGACCUCGAUAGUUAAAACAAUGGCAGCUCCAGAUUCUGGCCUUGAUAUCAGAGACAGAAUGUGGCUCAAGAUUACCAUCCCCAAUGCAUUUAUAGGUAAUUGUAGCGAGAAAAAAUGCGCUGCAGCCAUCAAUGUCACUUUGUUGACUGUUUUGACUUAAUACCAAGAACUCAUAAUAAAAGUGUUGAUUUCAGUAUGGGUACUGACAUUAUUUCAAGUGCAACUUGGGUUUAAAAAGCAUGAGUAAAUUUUUUAAAGGCAACAAAAUUGCACGAGCCUGUAAGUGCAAUAUGUCGUCUUUAAAACAUUUACAAGUGCGCGUUACACCAAAUUUUAAGAGAAAACGUGUUAUUACUUGUUAAAAACGUACAUGAAAAUACAUCACAGAAAGUUAAGAAAGACAGAAUUUUGAAGGCGUGUGUGCGCUAUUUGUAAUUAGCACUCGCGUUAUAACUUUGCACUCAUGAGAAGAAACUCAUUUUUAGCCAAUCAGAAGGGCGUAAUUUUUUCAUGUACAUUAUUAAGUGUUAUUUUCUUUUGCAUCACAGGAUCUGAUGUGGUAGACUGGCUGUAUUCACAUGUAGAAGGUUUUCAAGACAGACGCGAAGCAAGAAAAUAUGCUUGCAAUCUUUUGAAGGUAAAUGCCCUUUUCGAACUUGUGUGCCAUGUACUCAGACUAAAUCGUUCCUUGUUGCUGCUGCUGUCUUUUUUUUGGUUUUUUGAUUUUUUUUUUUGUGAUGUUUUAUUUGCAUCUCACAUUUGUCUGUAUAUGGUUGUUUAUCAGGCUGGUUUCAUUCGACACACAGUUAACAAGAUUACUUUCUCAGAGCAGUGCUAUUAUGUGUUUGGCGAUCUUUGUGGAAGUAAGUCUUAAUUUCUCUUGUUGCCCCCAUGUAAUUUCGUAGAGGGUUUGGGGAGCUGACGGCUCCUCUUUGUUUUUAUUGUAGGUGUUAUUAUCUUGAGUCAACUAGGACAAAUUUCCCUUUUGCUCUGUUGCUAUCGAAUGACUGAAAUACUUUGUAAAAUGACAAGGCUUGAAGAAAGAUGUUAUUCAUCUUAGGACGAGCGUGCGAUGAAAACGAGGCUUGUUCAACAUGGAGUUGAGAAUGUUUACUUUUUGAAACUGGGGUUUUUCUUAAAUCCGGCCCUGGCAAUUCCACUUCUCUGUUCCCGGCCCUCAGUCAGAGGAGACGAGCGUAUAAGUGGGCGCGAAAAAAUAGCAUUCACGAGAUAAUCGGAUGCACGAAGAGAAAUACAACCGCCGGGUCUGUUGCCGUUUACUGACAGUGAUUUCGCUCGUCUUAAGUCACUCAGAUCCUGUCCAGACUUCAUAUCCACUGGAAUUUGUUUUUAAGUGUUUACUUGGGGUUUCAGUUUCCAUCAUUCCAAUAAUUUCUGCUAUGUGUUUUGUGUUGAUAGAUAUGGCGGCUCUUACGAUUAACGAACAUGAGGGCGAUGGCGACCAAGACACUUUGGGACCCCUCCCAACACAUCAAGCUAUCUCGUGGAUAGCAGGUCCACCAAGUUACGGAUAUCAUCAAAUGCCUUCUUACCCGGGCCCUCCUCCUCAAGCCAUAGUGGACACACAGACACCUGGGUACGCUCAGUCAUUCUACAGCGCACACAGUGGCAGCCAAAGUCCCCACAGCGCUAGUGGCAGCUCACGGAAGAGCGGAGGAGGAGGCGACCGCGCUGAUGGUGACCAUCGGAGUAGUGGUGGAAGCAGUAGCGAGAAGAGCAGUAGCAGCAAAGGUAAAAGCAAGGAGCGUGAGGCUCGAAGCGUCGAAGGAUCAGCUCAGCUCGUUCAAGGACCUCUCCCUGCGGGAGUUCCCAUGCCCGGAGGUCCCCCAAUGCCGGGUAUUGCUAUGAUGCCCCGGCCUCUUGAUCAGGUUCCCGAGAACAUUUCAGCGAGUAGGAACAGUUUUAGAAUGGCGAUGGGUAAUCCUUGCGAGUUCUUUGUAGAUGUGAUGUAAACAGUAGACAGAUGUCAUCCGCCUAUCACAAGCUACUGGACUUACUGGUGAGCUUUACUAACAGACGGCUCUAAGGGCAGCUCCCGAAACAGCUUAGCGCCUGGCUGACGAUGCGCGUUGUCGCCAUAUUCGCUCUGUUGACUUCACAAGUUGCAAACAGACUGACGUUUUUGUUUCUAGUGUAUCAGUUGAACAGAGUUACACAGGUUAUCGAGAUUUACGCGCGGUGCUUAUUGCUGACCA